AUGGCAUCGCUCAGUUCAACCAAUAGAUGGAGUGUACGAAUUUCUCCACUUCCUACAUCUAUAAACUACAGUACAUUUGCCCGAGAACUUCGUCUACCAACGUCUCGUGUCUUUAUUCCAAAAUCUGUGAAGAAUAAUACAUCAUGCGCAUGGAUCAAUGAUUUCAAUACUAAACAAGAUGCAGAUGAAUUUGUCCGUCAAUGGUCCGGAGCUAUAAUUUUGGGACAACAAAUCAGAUGCGUUGCAUUACCAUCGAAACGGAACGAUACCAAUUCUUCAUAUACGCCUUCACAAACGCACGACUUGCAUUCAUUAAGAAAGCCUAGGUUACGACAAGAAAAGUCUAGCGUACCAUUACCGAAACCAAGUCGAACUGAAUACUGCAUUGGAGAUAGAUCAUCAACAAGAAAUUUGAUAGAACAGUCAGACGUGCACAUAGCAGACGAAGAAGACGACGAUGUUUCAUCGGAUGACGCAAGUAGUUUAAUCAGUGACUCAUGUUCGUCAAUAACUUCGGUGCACUCAACUCUGUCGACAAAUAUGAAAUCGCAACGAUGUCAGUAUGGUGUGAAAUGUUUUAACGUGGAUUGUACUUAUAAUCAUUCGGAUGGUUGGAAUCCUUGUAUGGAUGGAGAAAAAUGUAUCAAUUCUGACUGCACAGCUACUCAUCCCCCUCAACGAAGUGGGCAAUGCUUCAGUGGCAGUCGUUGUCUGAGAAGAAAUUGCAAGUAUCUACAUCCAAAAACACGUCCUGUGGAAUGUCAUUUGCGUACAAAAUGUAACAAAUGGGAUUGCACAAAGUUACAUCCAUGCACUCGAACUCGACCGUGCCCGAAGCAAUCGAAAUGUACUGACCUGUCUUGUUCAUGUUUGCAUCCACCAGAACGCAAUGCAACACUUUGUAUGCUCGGUGCUGAUUGUCGAGAUAUUUCCUGUACACUAAACCAUCCGUCGGAACGUCCAACACGAUGCGAUCAACCUGAUACAUGCUGCGAUGUUAACUGUAUUCGUCUGCAUUAUACGCAAUGGGAUUCAAAUGAGAUAGCCGAAAGUCAACAGAUCAUCAGGAAAAAUCAAUCAAAAAGUCUUGAACAGCGAAUGAAAGAACGUUUAGUCGCUCAUUUACCAAUUCUUUCUGCUCGAGAAGAAUUUUGUCGACGUCUUCAACACGAACGUAUUUUGAUUGUUACUGCUGAGACGGGCAGUGGAAAAAGUACGCAAUUACCUCAAUAUGCAGUAGAAUAUUUCGGUUCACUCGUCGUCUGUACUCAACCCCGUGUUGUUGCUGCACUCUCACUGGCUCGUCGUGUUGCUGAAGAAUACGAUGGGAUUGUUGUUGAACUUUGA